AGGUGCACAUAAUGAUCUUGCUCCUGACACAGAUCUUUUGCCACACAGGAAGCCUGUGAGGAAGGCUGCCUUUCUGAAGGCUGGAUCCAGAGUUCACUGAAUUCAUUGGAAGUAAUCCCUGACAUUUUGGACAACUCUAGAUCAGACCAUAAACCAGCUGAGAAGUGCUUCUUGGAUUAUCAGUCCUUUCCAGAAGUUACACUCUUCUCCUUGGAAAUGUUAUCAUGGGUGGUCUUGAUGGAAAAGCACUGCAGACUCUAUUGGGGAAUGUUAAAGUGGCUUCAUAAAUCUGUGCACAAACUGAAGUGGCAGAAUGAGAGGGACAGUGCCUUGGAGGGCAGUAGAGACCAUGGAAAAGUCUACCAGACAUCUUUGCUGACUUCCUGAGGAGGAUCCUGGAACACAUCACCUUUCUCCUGGUCAGAGUAGCAAGGCAGGAGAUCUGCAGUGAGCACACAGUUCCCCAGACUUCACAGUGGAGUUUCCAGAACUCAGCAUGUCCCGUCAGGAGCAGAAUAAUACCACAGAAACCAUGACCAGCCGGAGUCCUGAAUGCUGAGAACUGUGAUUAACUCCUCAGGAAUCUCUCUGAAGCAAGUCAUAUUUUCUGGGCUUUUUUAGCUGAGGCUCUCCUCUCACAGAGGGGUUGCUCCAACCAGAUUCUGUGCCUGUGCAGCACCCCAGGAUGGACCCCAGGGUGUUCCUGCCUCGUCUCUCCCUGCCACAAAGAUGCCACAUGACCAGUACCUUUCUCCACAUGCAGUGAAGAGCACGUGAGGGUUCCAGCACCUCUCUCAACUCUGCCAAGAUGCCGGUCAGGAAGCACAGUGAGCACAUGAAGUUGUUCAAGAACAAGGGCAAGGAUGAAACUACCCUGCGGAGGCAGAGAGUGGAGGUGAACGUUGAGCUGAGAAAAGCCAAGAAGGAUGAGCAGAUCCUGAAGCGCAGAAACAUUUCCAUUAAUUUGAAGGAGGAGAAUCCCUCUCUGGGACAAGACAAAGCAGCUGAGGUGAUCAUUCAGCCGUCCUUGGAGGAGAUUGUGGAAGCUGUGAAUGGGGAAGACACCCAGCUGCAGCUGCUCGCCACCCAGGCCACCAGGAGACUUCUGUCCAGGCACAAGGACCCCCCCAUCAAUCAGAUCAUCGAGCUGGGGAUCAUCCCCAAGAUGGUGGAAUUCCUGGGCCGUGCUGACAAUGCUGCCCUACAGUUUGAGGCAGCCUGGGCACUGACCAACAUUGCCUCUGGCACCUCGGAGCACACCAGGGCUGUGGUGGAGGGAGGGGCCAUCCCGGCCUUCAUCUCCCUGCUGUCCUCCCCACACAUGCACAUCAGUGAGCAGUCGGUGUGGGCCCUGGGCAACAUCGCAGGGGAUGGCCCUAUCUACAGGGAUGCUCUUAUUGCUCGUGAUGUGAUUCCUCCUUUGCUGGCUCUGGUGUCACCUGCAACUCCAGUUGGGUUCCUGAGGAACAUCACCUGGACGCUGUCAAACCUGUGCAGGAACAAGAACCCCUGCCCUCCCUUGGAUGCUGUGCAGAAGAUUCUACCAGUCCUUGUCAUCCUCCUGCAGCACGAGGACAAGGAUGUCAUCUCUGACUCCUGCUGGGCUGUUUCCUACCUGACAGAUGGCUGCAAUGAUCGCAUCCAAAUUGUGGUGGAGACAGGGAUUCUCCCAAGGCUCGUGGAACUCAUGGACAGCCCAGAUUUGAUUGUUAUGACUCCAGCUCUCCGUGCCAUCGGGAAUGUGGUCACAGGCACAGACCGGCAGACCCAGGAAGCCAUCGAUGCCGGCGCCCUGGUUGUCCUGCCCCGGCUGCUGAGGCACACCAAGUCAGUGAUCCAGAAGGAAGCAGCAUGGACCCUCAGCAACAUUGCAGCAGGGCCUUCCCACCAGAUCCAACAGAUCAUCACCUGUGGGUUAUUGCCACCUUUGGUGGAGCUGCUUGACAAGGGAGAUUUCAAGGCUCAAAAGGAGGCUGUGUGGGUAGUGGCCAACUUCAUGACUGGAGCAACAGUGGAUCAGGUGGUGGAGCUUGUCCGUUCCGGGGUCCUCAAACCUCUGCUCAACCUGCUUUUGGUCAAAGACAGCAAAACCAUCCUGAUCAUCCUGGACACCAUUUCAAAUCUCUUCCUGGCAGCUGAGAAGUUGGGAGAGACAGAGAAGUUGUGUCUGCUGGUGGAAGAACUUGAUGGUCUGGAGAAAAUUGAGGACUUGCAAAACCAUGAGAAUGACAUGGUCUACAGAGCUGCCUUGGACAUCAUAGAGAAAUACUUUUCUGGUGAGGAGAAUAUAAACCUGGAGCCCCAGACUGGCCAAGAUGGGCUGUAUGAUUUCUCAGUGAAGAAACAAGACUUCAACUUCUGAAGAUGAAGCAUGACACAGCUGUAAACUGGUGGGUGGAGGUACCUUGGAAGAGCUCAGUCAUCCAAACCAUGAGGAGCAGAGAUGCUGAGCCUUUUUACUUCUGAAACUUGUCAAUA